AUGCAGGCCGACAUGAGAGCGACGGAAGAAGAGCUCCGUGCUCGGGUGGAGCAGCUGAAGAAGGUCGAGCAGCAGGCAGAGAUCAGGCAACUCCAGCAAAACCUCUCCUCCAUUCAGGUCUCCACCUGCUCCUCCUCCUCCUCCUCCUGGAAGCAGCUGAAGCACUUGUCAUCCAGACUCACUGGCGCCGUUGACCAGUGGCAACAGAUGGGCAAGGAGAAGAGAGACUCAGCAGCUGUCCAGCAGAGAGAGCAGAAGGCGUACGAGGAGUAUGAGAGGUUCCGCAAAGAGAUCAAACGCGCCAAGGCAGCGUACAAGAAAGCGUUUUUUGACAACAUGGAUAGGGAGAAGUUGAUGCUUCCAGAUGCGACCAACUUGAAUCAGCUCCUGACGACGAUUGAGAGGUCAACGAUCUUGCAAGGGAACGAGAAGAAACGAGAGCAGCUGGCAGAGAAGGAGGAGAGGGAGAAGAAGCUGGGUAUUGAGCUCGCAGGGCUGGAGGAAGAGACGAGGAGGAGAGACGCGGAGCAUGCAGCCAUCACUCAGCAGGUCCAAGCGCUGCAGUCGCAGCUUCAAGCUGAGAAGGUGGACCAUCGCGAUGAAGUCGCUCGGUUGCGAGAGGACGUGGAGAUUUCACAGUCAAUGCUGCAUGAGAGGAUCGAGCAUGACCAGAAGUUGCUUGCAAGCCUUCGCUUUGAAAUCUCCGAGUUGAGUGAGCAGCUGAGGAGGAAGGACGCGCUCAUCAAGGACCUGAGCAAUCACAUUGCCGUGCUCGAGGACCUGCUAAGCGGAGCGGCGAGGUGA